GCCACCGGAUUCAUCUCCAAAACCCAAAACCCCCAGGGACGGAGGAAUGCUGCAGACCACCUUCCACUUCUACUCCACAUUUCCGGCAUCCAUUCCCCCCAAAGUCCUCUCUCUUUCUUCACUCUUCGUCCCCUCAUCACUCGCGUCUCACCGCCCCCACCCUCACCAUCACUGGCAACUGAAGCAACCCCUUAAGAAGAAGCAUUUCCUGGUCUUGGCAUCCAGCUACGAAGUGGGUGGGGGUUACCCAGAUGAUGAAUUAGACUCGCAGGACAGAACGCACAGGACCCAGCAACCAGAACUGGGGAAUCAGAAGUUGGACGCAACUCAGUGUGAAGCUUUACUCAAAGGAGGCGAGCAAGUAACUUCUGUUCUUGAAGAGAUUAUUACUCUUCUGGAAGAUAUGAACAUGGAUGAGGCAUCUGAGGAGGUGGCUGUGGAAUUGGCUGCACAAGGAGUGAUAGGGAAAAGAGUUGAUGAGAUGGAAUCUGGGUUCAUGAUGGCCCUAGAUUACAUGAUCCAACUUGCUGAAAAGGACCAAGAUGAUAAGCGCAAGUCCUUGUUGGAGAUAAUCAAGGAGACUGUAUUAUCACAUCUUACAAAAAAAUGCCCUCCACAUGUUCAAGUUAUUGGUCUCCUCUGUAGAACACCCCAAAAGGAAAGUAGACAUGAACUAUUACGCCGAGUAGCUGCUGGUGGUGGUGCUUUUAAAGCUGAGAAUGGAACCAAAGUUCAUAUUCCUGGAGCAAAUCUAAAUGAUGUAGCAAACCAGGCUGAUGAUUUACUCGAGACAAUGGAAACUCGACCAGUAAUUCCAGAUCGGAAAUUACUUGCAAGGCUUGUUUUGAUCAGAGAAGAAGCUCGGAAUAUGAUGGGAGGUGGAAUUCUGGACGAAAGAAAUGACCGUGGUUUUAAUACUCUUCCUCAGUCAGAAGUAAACUUCUUAACAAAACUGGUAGCUUUAAAACCUGGGAAAGCUGUCAAGGAAAUGAUAAAAAAUGUUAUGUUAGGAAAGGAUGAAGGUGAUGAUAAUUCUUUCAGUGAUGGCGAUUAUACUGAUAGCAGAGUAAGAUCUGCUGGAAUUGCUGGACGGGCCAGUGUUACAGGACAGAAACCACUUCCUGUUCGCCCUGGCAUGUUUCUUGAGACCGUAACCAAGGUGUUGGGUGGUAUAUAUGCUGGAAAUGUCUCUGGUAUUACUGCACAACAUCUGGAAUGGGUUCAUCAGAAGACUCUUCAAGUUCUUGAAGAAAUUGCAUUCUAGUUUCCUGCAGCGGUACGCAUCAGCUGCUCAAUUACAUUAUUCAUUCAUUUUUGGUCCUCAUGUCUUAUGCAAGCAAAAUGAUUUGUAGUUAGAGUCUACUGAAUUCCAAACUGCAGUAUCGUAAAAUCAUACGUCAUUGAGAAGCCAAGCACUUUGCAUGUAUAUAUUCUAGACUGAAAUGCAAAACACUGUAAUUAUUUUAAGUCCUUAAUCAAAUCUUCAAUGAUGA